GCACCUCCGAUGGGCGGGCCUCUCUCUUCGAAGUGACCAUUCUUUGCUGCUCGUUUCAACAGGCCUGCCUUUGACUGAAAAACUGAACUCAGCCUGUGCUUAAAUCGAACGUUACCAUGACGGCACACUUCAUGUUCAUCGGAGCUAUGGCCUGUCUGGCUUGGGCGAAUGUCCGCGCCCAGACAAACCGGCCAAACAUGGUGUUCUUUCUCACCGACGACCUUGACUUGGAGCUGGGCAGCAUGAUGAAACCACUUGUGAGGACGCGCCAGCUCAUUGGAGAUGGUGGAGUGACUUUCGCAAACGCGUACGUGACGACGCCCCUGUGCUGCCCUAGCCGCUCUAGCAUCCUGACGGGUCGGUAUGUGCACAACGUUGGAGUCUUCAACAACUCGCUGUCCGGAGGAUGCAGCUCGCAGCACUGGCAGCGCGGACCCGAGCGCAGCGCGUUCGCUGUGGACUUACAGAAGGCCGGAUACGAGACCUUUUAUGCGGGGAAAUAUCUCAACCGG